CAUUCGGCACCUUUUGUUUAUAUUUCAGCAUGUUGGCAUAUUCAUGUUCUAAGAGCGAAAUUCCAACGAAGCAAUGAGAAUUACCUGGGCGACCUGAAAAAUAACUACUAUAUCUGAGCUGAAAGGGGAUCAAGGGCUAAAAAUGGCAUUCCUGGGCGACUGUGUGAUUGUAUUUGUGUCGCAGAUGCUGUUUUUUGCCGGAGGAUGGUUGUUUUUCAACAAGGAACUCUUCAAGCACUAUGAAAUACGCCACAUAUCCGUUCAGCUGAUCUUCUCAGCCACCUUCGCGCUGUCGGUGACCAUGUUUGAGUUGAUUAUAUUCGAGAUCAUUGGCGUUCUAGAGUCCAGUUCCCGGUACUUCCAUUGGCGCUUGGGUCUCACAUUGCUACUGUUUAUGGUGACGGCUGUGAUACCGAUCUAUAUCUGCCACUCUGUGAUACACAGCAUUUCCUUCUUUUCCGACAAAUUGGUGAGAAUACUGACGACAAUCUGCUGGUUUGUCUUUCUCUAUGGCCUCUGGCGUAUUGGUGAACCAUUUCCACUGCUUAGUGCAUCCCACGGAAUCUUUACAAUUGAGCAGGGCGUCUCUCGGAUCAGUGUCAUUGGUGUCACCGUAAUGGCCAUACUCUCUGGCUUUGGUGCCGUGAACUAUCCCUACACCAGCAUGACCUACUUCAUCAAGCCCGUUUCACGUAAUGACAUCAUCUGUUUCGAGCGUCGAUUGGCUUUGACCGUGGAUAUGCUGGUGGCCAAGAAGCGACGCAUUGCCAUGGCUGCCUACAACCAUAAUAAGCAGCAUACCACGAAGCCGAGAAUCUGGGAAAUGAUAACAUCGGCAGUGCACCGCACAAGCAGCGGAGAAGACAUCAAUCAAUUGAAGCAAGAAGUCUAUGGCUUGGAGGAGCUACUGCGCUCCGUUUUCCUGGAGCUGAAUUCGCUGAAAAACAUGGAAGAGCGUCAGCGGUGGUCGCAAACGCUGAAGGGAAAGUACUUUAAUGUGAUUGGACACUUUUUCAGUGUCUACUGCGUCUAUAAGAUAUUUAUGUGUUGCAUCAACAUCAUAUUCGACAGAGUGGGCCGCAAGGAUCCCGUUACUCGUGGCCUGGAGAUUGCCAUCCAUUGGUGUGGCUUUGACAUAGACUUUGCCUUUUGGAACCAGCAUAUUUCAUUUAUGCUGGUCGGCUGCAUCGUGGUCACCUCCAUACGUGGCCUGUUGCUAACACUCACAAAGUUCUUUUAUCGCAUUUCAUCGAGUAAGUCCAGCAACAUAAUCGUGCUGAUCUUGGGUCAGAUCAUGGGCAUGUAUUUCUGCUCCUCGGUGCUGCUGAUGCGCAUGAAUAUGCCCGCCGAGUAUCGGGUGAUCAUCACCGAGGUACUCGGCAAUCUACACUUUAACUUCUAUCAUCGUUGGUUCGAUGUCAUAUUCCUGGUUAGCGCCCUGACUACCACCGUUGUGUUGUAUCUGUCUCGGAAGCCAGUUCCUUCGGAUGACUCCGACUUGCACUGAUACGGGGAUAUUCUCUCUCCUUCUGUUAGGUUUAAACUUUAAAGCAAUUGUUUUAUAAUCUUUUAGUAUAACCACGGCAAGCUU